GACUUUAUGUUGUUUUGCAUGCAAAAAGUGCAACGUAGUGAAUAACCAAUGAGAAAUGAUAGAAGCUACUGAAAGUCAAAAUUCAAACAUCUUAACUGUUAAUGGUUUUGGUAAUCCUCAUAUUUUAUAUACCUCUGUAUUUUAUCAUGUACCGCACUUAAUCGUCAAAUAAAUGUAGAACGAGCUGUAACUUGGUAUUUACUCGGAGACAGUGGGCAAUAUUCUGAAAUAUCUUGAAGAGCAAGAAAAGAGAAGUGGUCUAUAUUUUCUAAAGAAUUGGAUGCAUAAACAUAAUGGCCACAACUGAAGUAAUUGUCACAGAUAUUCUAUGGGAAGAAAUGAAGAAUAUUGCUGUCGAAGUGCAACAACGCUUCUACGAAUCUCUUCCUGAUUGUACAGAAUAUAAAUUCGAUGAACAUAAAUAUCUGAAACAGAAUAUUGGAUAUGCACUUUAUGGAUCACCAAAAAUCAAUGAGAAUGAGAACGAAAGUGAGAAUGAAAAUGAGAGUGAGAAUGAGAAUGAGAACGAGAAUGGGAAUAAGAAUGAGAAUGCAAAUGCAAGCAUGACAGAAAGCAAUAAUUGCUAUUACUUGGCAGAAAAAUUGAGUAAUGCGGAUGCUGAUAUAACUGAUACAGUGGAUUACAAUAAGGCAGCGAAGGAUGUUAUAGAUGUAAUAUACAAACAAAUAUGUAAAUGUUCAAUAGAAACUGAUAACUCUCAACCGAUUUAUUUUAGUAUAAUUUAUAAUAUAAUAUUCCGUCCUAAAAUGAAAGUAAGAUCUCAAGAAAAAAAAGGAACAGGAAUACAAGAAGAAAUAAAAAAAGAAAGUAAAGAUGAGAAGGAAUUAUUUAUGGUAUCUUCUAUUCCAAUUUUCAAGAUUAGAAAGCAAAGAUUUACUAUACAGAAGAACAGUUUAAUUAAACCUGAAGCGGAUUAUGAGACAUGGUUUAUCGAUACCAGUGGCAGAGUGUAUAAAAGCUGGACAGAUUAUACAGAGAAGAAUACUCUGCCGAAGUGCACUAUGGUCCUUCCGAAAGAUGGUUUUUAUGACGCGGAUCCAUCAUAUCCAGUUACCGAAGAUUAUUCGACAGUUUGGCUCGAAAUCAUGGAUUCUCCUGCGUGCUCGUGGAAAGCUAAACUUUUUAGUGGAAUGGAUAUCAUUUCCAGUGCUGUUGGACUUGGUACAGCGAGUUUAUGCGUUGCAUCAAUGUUCACCCCAAUUGCACCAGUUGUCGCUGUGACAGGUCUCGCUGCCACUGGUGCGACUGGUGUUUGGACAAUUGGCCGAUGCUCUCAACAACUGGCAGAUCGCAACGAACACGAGGAGUCUAUUCAUCCUCGAAAUAAAGAAGCAUUUGCGUGUUGGCUCGGCAUAGCCGGUUCAGCGGUUGGCUUAAGCGCAAUUGGAGGAUCAAUAGCUAUUUCCAGGGCUGCUGCAAACGGUAUGACGGUGCCUACUUACGCGAAAGUGGCUUUUAAUACAGUGCAAAGUAGUAACAUCGUCUUGAACGGUAUCGGCGUCGUAUAUCAGGGUUAUUGUAUAAUAGACAAGGGUAGAGCGGGACAGGGAGUCGAUCCCUGGGACGUAUUGAAUUUGAUGACCCACGUCAUGUUUUUCACCGGCUCUGUAUUAAAGGUUCAAUUCGCCGGCGAUAUUAUCGAAAGUACGCAAGGCAAGGUUAUUAACGAUUACAAAGAAUCUCUACGCAGCAAGAAUCUUCGUAAAAAGUUCAAUCGUACGCUGAAAAAGGCUGCGAAAAAUAAUACAUGCAAAAUAUCCGAAAAUACGGAAGUGAUACGUUACAUAAGGAAUCGCCAACAGUUGUUGUCCGUUGACCAGUCUGUCGCUGGUGGCCAAGUGUUGGAGAAAACUACGCGUAAUAUUGUAUGGUCAGUUGAACAGGGUAAAUUAAGAGUCAACGGUAUUAUAUUGUUAGAUCCUAUCGACUACGCUCGUCGCCUUAUACAGUUGGGCAUAUUCGUUGAGACUAAUCAAAGCAAUUCGUCUAGUCCGCAGAAUUGUAUUCAAAGUUCCACGGUUGACCAAAUGAUAAAAAUGCUUUGUGAUUUAUUAUCUAAACUUUAUUUGAGUAACAAUUGUCCCAGAAAAAUGCCAACAGUGCCUGACUUUGAACCACUAAUCAGAGAGAUGAACUUGAUGAAUGUGAAUGAAGAUUGUUUGAAAAUGUUAUUUAAAAUUGCUGAAAGGCUAAUAAGACGUUCGAAAGACAUGGAAGAUUUUCUACUUACAGCCUUCACUUUUGUUUGGCAGUAUUGUAAAGCGAACUUGAAGCAAUGGGGCAUAAACUCGUCUUAUCGCAUGCAAAGCGAUUCUGGUUCUCACAUCUUGCAAAAGAUUAUUAUUGCGAUUACGGAAGCAAUCGACAUGGUGCUGAAUAACUUGUUUGAUGCUUUUUCAAUAUAUUUAAAUGCUAAAUUACGUCAAUGAAUACUAAAGAAAAUUUAGAAAUGGCACUAAAAAGAAAUCUAGAACGCACAACAACUUACACAGCCGAGAUUUUUGUAGAAAUAUUGUAUACCUGCUUUGAUAGAUUUCUUAUGAAAUUUAAUGAAAUUUAAGCUUUGAAGUAGAGAAUGUAGAGAGAUGUUAAGAAAUUCUCAGACAUACAGGCGUGUUUGAAUACAUAUCGCUUUUUAAACUAAUAUAUUUUUAUAAAUCUAAGUUAAUUAUUUUAAAGUGAUAUUGAAUAUCUAAUUAUGCUAAUUAAAAUAAAAUUUAUAUUAUAUUUUUUAUACAUCUGUUUCUGCAACUUUUUUGCAUUAGUAUCUUUAACUUUGUUUAUUAUAAAUGAAUUCAUAUUUCGUAUAUCUAUUUAUAAAUCAAAUUUUUGCGAAAAGAAGGCUCUUCGGUUAGGUAGUUUCAGACCUUUGAAAAUCUCAUGUAUUGUAUCAUGUAUGUUGUGCCUUACAUUGUAAUCUUAUAUACAUUGUAUACGUAGAUUAUAUAUAUUAUAAAAAAUUAUAUAAUUAUAUUAAAAAAGUUGUUAUAUAA